AUGGGCGUAUUACUAUCUCGGAUUUGGAGCUUUUUUCGUCCGGAAGGCACCAAGAUAGUUUUGGUGGGCCUGGAUAAUGCUGGCAAGUCGACCAUCCUCUACCAGUUUGUCUUGAACGAAACAGUACAAACUUCACCCACUAUAGGAAGUAAUGUUGAGGAAUUUAAAUGGCGCAAUCUUCAUCUAGUCAUGUGGGACCUCGGUGGGCAGGAGUCCCUCCGGCAAACUUGGUCCACUUACUAUGCCGGUUCUGAAUUUGUCAUUCUCGUUAUUGAUUCCACUGACAGAGAACGCCUACCUCUUUCCAAAACAGAACUUUACAAUAUUCUUGCGGCAGAGGAUUUGCGAAAGGCGAAGAUUCUUAUCUUUGCAAACAAGCAAGACGUUAUUGGGUGUAUGUCAGUCGCAGAGGUUGGACAUAAACUUAACCUCACUUCAAUCAAAAAUCAUCCCUGGCAUAUUCAAGCUUGUUGCGCUCUUACUGGUGAAGGGUGA